GUCUUUGUGUGGCAAUGCUGUCGGUGCUUCGAUCUCGCAUGCAGUCGGCGGUCGCUCGUUCGGCGACGAGAAUGCAACAUCGCGCUAAAUUCUCGUCAACUUCUUCUACGUCCGAAUCUUCGGGGUUCCGCCGCAUUUGGGACACAUAUGCUUCGUUAUUAGAGACCCACCCGCUGAAAACCAAGAUUGUGACGGGUGGAGCCAUUGCGGGGCUGGGCGACGUGGGGUGUCAGCUUGUGCUGGAGGGUGAAGACGGCGACGCCAAGCUGGACGUCAAACGCACUGUCAUCUUCACAUUCUUGGGCGGGCUUUUAAUCUCACCCGUUCUCCACGUGUGGUACGGAUUUCUGGGCUCGAGACUGCCUGGGGUCUCCACGAGUGCAGUCGCCAAGCGACUGGCGCUGGAUCAAUUGGGCUUUGCACCCACUUUUCUGCCGAUAAUCUUGUCAUCGGUAUUGACGCUUGAGGGGCACGCAGAAGACAUCCCCGACAAGCUGCGCGCCGACUGGUGGCCUCUCAUGAAAGCCAAUUGGGUCGUCUGGGUGCCGGCUCAGAUUCUCAACUUUCGCUUUGUACCCGGGUCUAUGCAGGUUAUCUUCUCCAAUGUGGUGGGACUACUUUGGAACUCGUACCUGUCCUACGUGAGCCACUCGCAGGUUCCCAAGGCUCUUCCUGCAGAGGAGAGCGGCAAGGAGAGGGAUGAGCUACCGCUCUGA